UGGAAGUCAAACGUAAAUACUGCAUAGGUAAUAAGGCUUUUGUGUUGACAAGAACUAUAUUAAGCUAGCCUGGUUCCCUCUAUAUCAGCAAUAUGAAUUAUUCUUGCUAUAUCUCAUUAAGCACUCUUUUAAAAUUUCUAAUAUGUGGUUAAAAAUUAGAAAAUUGUUUCAUGCCUUUUUUGUUGUUUGGUUUGUCUGUCUGUCUGUCUGUCUGUUUAUCUGUGUGAUGUGUUCUCAUGUAACCUAUGCUGGGCUUUGAAUAUUUUAUGUACCAUAGGCUGGUCUUGAACUUCUUCUCAUCUUCCUGUUUCCACUUUCCAAGUGCUGGGAUUUUAGAUGUAUGUUACCAAGUCUGGCUUGAAUUCUUAUAAUCUGAUGGCUAAAGAAACCGAACCACAAAUAUGGACAUUUCUAGGCACUUUAUAGGAUAAGUAAUAUACUUUCAACUUUGUCUGGGAAUGUUAUUUUAUAUUCAAGAAAAUGUACUGAUGCUUUGGCAUUAUGUGUUCCAACAUCUCAUCAAACUCAUCUUUCCUUUAAGAUGUCUUGUUUCAUAUACUUUAGCAAUUUGAUGUAUAGGUAGCUGUGACUACUUAUUCAAGAAUUAUAAAGGGCAAAAUAUUUAUUAUGAUAUUAUAAAAUUUUACACAGUCUUAGGUUUGUUUUCUAUGAUAAUUUUCUCCAAAGAUUUCUCGGGUCUUUGGUGACCACUGCAAUUUUUUGAGUCAACAAUGAUACUAUAGUAAAUUAUGAACUAUAUUCUGAGAAAAUAUGUUGAUUCUCAACAUCAGUAACCCAAAAACAUUAGAGGCAAAAGAUUAACUGUUUUGAAAUUUAUAUGCAACUUUUUAAUCACAAAUGUGGCUAUAAAGCAACUUGAUUUUUUGAAGAAUCUGGCUUACAACUUAAAAAAAAAGGAUUGCCUAAAAAUGAUUAGAUAGCAGGGAAGUUUAAAGUUUACUCCCCAACAAACAAAACAAAAUUUAAGGCACAAACAAAUUAAUUAAGUAAACAAAUAGCAAAUCCAGUAAUUUUUAACAUUCAAAAAUUCAGUAGGAUACCCCAUGAACUCUAUUAUGAAGUCCAGCAGUGAGUAGAUUUCCAGGUUAAUAAAAUGUGUGGUAAAAUUUUGAAAUUCUGCAUGAGUAUAAGAUUUUUUUUUCAAGUAAAAUGCGUCAUCUAAAGUAAGAAUGUUUUUUGACUCUAUAAGUUGUCGUCACAGUACAUGUGGAAAUCUAAAAUCUAGCCUCAGAAGGAACCCUGCUUUUUUAUUUCAGAUUCUCUUAUAUUAGAAUGGCAGGUAAUGAACUAUGUUACAAACCUUUUGAAUUUAAAUAGUUAUUGCUGCUCAGAGAAAUACUUAGUUGACAUCCUGUCUGAUUCAAGUGGAAAGAUUCAGGAGAUGAAGUAGGAAGGAGCCUACUAUCAUAUACUAGAUUUUCUGAGUUGUAAAUGGAAAUAACUGUAGGAUGAAUAAACCUGAAAUAUUCACAGCAGUAGCUACAUAAUAAACUGUUCUAAAUUAUUCUCAUUAGAUAAUGUUAUAUGAUAGCCCAGGUUAUUAUUUUACACUGAAAAAUCUCCUUUAUUUCUCUUACCACCCAGGUAAGGCAUUUUUGCCAUUUUCUUGUAUAACCUCUCAUAAAUAUUCUAAUUCUAUAAUCAGUGCUACCCCUUAGUCUCUGAGGAACAAGUGACCAUAUGAUGUCCAACCCUAGCUGAUAUAUCUACAACUCCUGUACCUAUGGCUCAGGGAGCAAAGCACAAGGGGGCAAAAAAGAUUAAGUGUCAGAUUUAUCUUUUAAAAUUCAUAUUUGGAAUCUACAGAGUAGCUUCUCAUUUUUAAAUUCCCUUCCUACUCAGUCUCAGGUAUUUUACUUCAUGCUCUCAUGUCUUCACUUCAGGUAGAUUUUAUAACCAGUGACUUGCCUUCUUACCUCACCACUACAAAUAUUUCUUCUAGUUCAAUGAGAAUUACCAGUAAAUGCCAAUUAUAUGGGCAAAAUUUUUUUUAAAAAAAUCACAAUCCUAAAGACAAUCCCAUAUAGCUUUUUUUCUCAGUAAGAGAAGAUCCUUCAUUUCACAUCUUGGUUAAUGUUAAAGUCUGCAUGUGGUAAUAUAUAAAUAUUUGCAUGACAAAGCAGCUUGCAUUUUCAGCCAUCAUUUUAAUUUUUGUCCUCAAAAUGACUCUGUGAUAGGUAUGAUUAUGAUAGGAAUGAUUAUUCUACCUACUUAAAAUAGUUUUAAAUUGAAAAAUAGAUAUAAAAUAUGCCCUUCUGUACCUUUUUAUGGCUAAUACCCAUCAAGUUCCAUUGAAUCAUCCAUUUCAUGUUGAUCCAUGUAAUCACAUGUAAUCAGUUGUCUUGUCUCGGUAUUUAAUCUAAAAUUUAACCACUCUUGAAAAAUGGCCCCCUACCCAACUCCAGAAAUUAAUUCAAUAUCAGCAUAUCGCCUUCCUUCCCUCUUCAUCCAAAAUAUUUGGCCAUAAAUGAAGUUUUCAGAAUGCUUCCAAUAAUGAUGAGCAUCGUGUUGAUUGUCAAACAUUUGACUGAGAACAACCAGAAAAGCUUGACAAAAUGAAAAUCUACAGAGGCAUUGGAGAUCUAACAGGCUUUUAAAAAACAUGGGACCAAUACCUUGAAGGAAAGGAAACCUAGACUGUAAAGCAAUGCAAGCCAGAAGACAGUAAUGGCAGAAGUGAUGCAAUGCUGUUUAUAAAACAAAACAAAAAAAAUGGACUGGAAGUACUGAAAGAAAAUAACUUCAAACAUAGAAUUCCAUCAUCUUUAAAAAAUAUCCUACAGACUGAAAGUGAAUAAAAACAUUUUGGACAAAAAAAUGCUGAGAAUUUAUUACAAGCACACCCAAAGUAAAGGUUGUUCUUCAACAGAAGAGAGUGAUCUCAGAUGGGAAUCCCCAGGGACGCAGAAAGGAAUCAAGAGCAGCAAAACUGCCAAUUACAACUGAACCUGAAACAAUGAGUUCUUCACUGAAACGCAAAGCAGAUUCACCAGCCAUUCAACAUCUAUCAAUGCCAGCGACUUCAUCUAUUUUAUCAUGUGACCCUCCUGUGCAAUGUACAUCUGUUCCAAAUCAAGGAGUAUCUGAGAGUUAUUCAUCUUCACAAAGAGUUGACUCUCCAAGUGAUGAAGGAGCAUUUACACUGGAAUGUGACAAAGGAUACAAAUCUGAAACAGAAAUCCAGAAUACAGAUUCAUUUGAAACUUUAGGGGGUUCUUUUUAUUAUAAAACUCUCCAAGACCUAACAAUAAUUGAAAGUGAUACUCCUCUUGUGGACUCUGGUUCUGAAAAGUGUGUGAUUGAUUCAGACUCCGACAGAGGUGUUGUCUCAGAUUUUGAGUUAGAAGAACAAUCUAAAGCCUCUGGAUCCGUAAUGUGGGGACUGGAUUCUGACACAGAAAAGUCUCCAAGGGAUUCACACUCUAGAAAACGCUUCUUUAAAGCAGAAACUUGUCAGCUGGAUUCAAUCUCCAUUGAAGACUUGACCAAGACUGGGGAGCACCUGGUGAGAAUUGAACAGUGCCAGAUGGAAUCUGGAUCUCUGGAACAUUGGAUGCCUUCAGGAUCAGAAAAGUCCCUGGAAGAGUCUAACUCUGAAAGAUUCUCUGACUCUGACAAUGAAAGGAAGAAAGAAGAAAAAUUCCAAAUGGCUUCAGCUUCUAUAAAACGUCUGAUAGAAUCUGAAGAAACAAAGAUGGAGAAUGAAAAUUUGUGGAUGAUCCCUGAUUCUGAGAGUUAUUCAGUGGACUCACACACAGAAAAAGAUAGAACACCAAUAUCUAAAGUACAUCUGAUACAGGGUGAUGAAACAGAAAAACCAAGAACUAAGAGAUAUAUGGUGGACUCUGAUUCUGAACCAAGUGAGACAGACUCAGAUUCAGAAAGAUGUGAACUAGCCUCAGCAGCUGUGAAAUAUUUCAUGGAUACACAAACAUUUCACCACAGCAGUACUAGCAACCAGUUCCCAAAGGAUUCGUGGUCUGAAAGUAGAACGGUAAAUUCAGAUUCUGAAAGCCCUGUCAUGUCCUCUGAUUCUAUGAAAUACAUGAAGAAGGCUGAAACAUGCAAAAGUACCUGCAAUUUGGAAAGACUAAAGGUGGUUCACAAGUCUGAGUCUCUACAGAGCUGGUUAGAUGCUAAAAGAAAACAAUUAGAAUCUGCUCAUGCUGGAUACUGGGAUAGCUCCGGAAAAUAUCAGUUUACGUCUAUAGUACCUCAAGAGAGCUUUGGAAAAUGUCAGGGUGACCUUCAAACAUUUCAGAGUAUCACUGAAAAAAAUGAAGUAGGCUCCAGUUCUGAUAAACAUCAGACACAAUUUGGAAACGAAAGAGAUCAAAAUGAACCUGAAAGUAAAAGAUACCUGAGAAAGGCAGAGAAAGGAUUAGACAAUGAGGGCUUUCAAAUGGAUAAGGAAAGAGAAGGAUAUCUUGUGGAGUCUGACCACCGUGAUUCAGAAAAUGAGACACACCUCCUAGAAGCACAUCGGCUUGGUGCUCGUAGAAAGGAGAAUCGUCCUCCAGGGUUUUGGAGGCCCAUUAUCUUGCCUCCUAAGCUUGCCCAGGAAAAGAAAACUGAAGAGCAAAAGUCUGUACAGCAAAAAGAUGACAGAUUUUCUAGAAUUCAGCUAACAAGAUACAAGAGUGAAGACAAAAAUGUGAGAUUCAAAGAGGCAUCUUCAAGUCUCAGUGACAAGCAACUCUCACAAGAAAAGUUACAGAAGAAGCACAGCUAUAGCUUUUCUCCAGACUCUCACACAUUUACAGGUGAAAGGCAUCCCAGAAAAGCUAGCCGGAAACUAUCUGUCUAUAAGCGCCAUUGCAAGGAGUAUAGAUAUUCCCAUAGCUGCGAGAGUCUGAAGUAUCAAAUCAGUCCUAUUCCUCUAAGUUUUGAGACUUGCACCUCUAAUGUAUCAUCAUUUGCUGGCAAUCCAACUUCUGAAAGUCCUAAGUCUGUCACAAGAAAGAAGACUCGAAGAAGUAUUACAUAUUCUCCGGAUGUGAAAACUCAAAAAUGUACUAGAUGUUUUGUGGAAAUCAGUAACUCUUCUUCUCAUAAAUGCACUGUGAAUUCUGAUGAUUCUGACUCCGACUCUCCAUUACAUGGCCAGAUUUCAUCAUAUUCUAAGUAUUCUCUGCACUCUAAAACCACCAGACACUUCAAGACAGCUCGAAAUCGCCCUUUAUCCCGAUCCCUGGAUCCUCAGCAUCCUGUGGUCACCCGCUGCUCUCUACAUGGAGAAGAUUCUAAAUAUUCUAUAGAUUCCACCUCUUAUUUACAUUGUGAAAGUUGUUCAGCUCUCCAAAACCUUAAGGGGUCUUCUGUUACACAUACCAUUUCUAAGAACACUAAAAAAAUCAUGGGCCAACAUAGCACCCAUGGCCACAUGUCAGCACCUAUAAGAUUUCCUCAAAGUGAAAGCAAAUUCAACCUUAGUACCCAACCUCAAAAUAAGGAUACUCCUGAUGACAGUGACAUUCGAUUUAUCAGUGCUAGAAAUAUCAAAGGUGAGGCUAAUGUUGAAGAUAAACUUCCUUACAAAGAUGAGACAGACCAUGACGAUGAGACCAAUACUGAAGAUGAAAGAGAUGAUGAAACAGACACUGAAGAUGAAGAUGAUACCAAAGAUAAGAAAGAUCCUAAAGAUAAAUCUGACCCUGAUGGCAAUGAUCCCAAAGAUGGCAACUCUGAGAAUAAUACGGAUGGCAACAAUGGGUCUCAUUCUAGUGGUUCUUCUGGACAUAUGGGUGAACCUGAUUCCAGCAAUGAUGGUGACUCUAAAUAUGUAACUGAUCACAAGAGUGAAUCUGACCCUACCAUUGAUAAUGCCAACAACAGUGACAUUAACUUGAAAUACAGCACUGAUGAUCUAUAUACCAACAAUUUAGGCAAUGCUUCAGAUCUGGCAGAAUGUUUCGAUCACCACAAUAAUGCUGAUUUCAAGAGUAGCACAAAUCCAGCCUCUGGAAACAAAACUAGAACCGUACUGGACUUUACUUCUGGUUCCAUCAAUGAGGACACAGGCCCUAGAAAUACUACCAUACAAGAAAAUAUUGUUUAUUCUGAGAAUAUUAGAUUGCUUUCCAACAGUCAUCAAAAUAAUGCCAUUAAAACUGAGAGUGACCCAAGCAGUAACCCCAGCCCCCAAAACAGCUAUGGGCUCCCUAAAGCCCUUGAGUUUAACACUAAUAUCACACCCAGUAAUGCUACUAACAGUAUUGCUAACCCUAACUAUGGCACAAAACUUACUAGCACUGCUAUUUACAGACAUAGAUCUGCCCUAAACUAUUAUUCAGAUGUUAAUGAUGUCACAGGGUUUACAUACAAAAUAAGGUCAAGUUUUGUAGUCAACUCAAAGUAUUUUGACAGAAAGAAAUAUGCUGUGAGACCUAGUUUUGCACUUAGCACUAUCACUGCCAUUGAUAAUAGUAACAUUACCACCCGUACUACUGCCAUUAGCUCUCAGUUUACUGCUGAAAAGAUCUAUGCUCUAGACACUGAAUAUUUCCCUAGAUUGAGUCAUUUCAAGAGUUUCAACAUUAUCAUCAACCCAAAUUAUAAUGAUGAAAAUAUUCAGAAUGUUAAUAAUUCUAUUGUCAUCAUUAAUAACAAUCUACCUGCCACUGAAUUAGAAACAAAUUCCAUAUUAUCUGUUCUUAAAACCAUUUAUAAAAAUAUCUCACAUUUUAUUGCUGGCACAAACUAUCCUGAUAUUUUUAUUACCUCGGAAUUUUAUGAGCCCGUUGAGCUUGGUAGAGCUUAUAAAGUUUUUGAUAACCAAAAUAUUGGUGCUCCAUUCCAAGUCUCUCCUGGAUACAUGGACUCUCAUAAUUCUAAGUAUCCCACUGGGUCCAUGGAUGCCCUUGAUGCCAAAGAAUCUGGCUUUUUAAAAGAUUUUUCUAGGAUCCAGAAUACAAUUGGCAUCAAGUAUCCUCCUUCCACUUUCAAGGUUCUUUCCAAUCAAAAUAUUCCACCCCCUAGUUUUGAUGUUAUAGUAGAAGCUGAACUGCCAAAUAUUGUGAAGUUUGCUAUAUCAUCAGGUGCUGUGAACCAGUUAUUUAAGUUGUCUGAUAACUAUGAUGGUGGUUUAAGAGCUGAGGGGGCAUCUUUGGCAGCACCUACAUGGGGACCUGAAGGAGGAAGAUAUGUUGGAUUUGAAAGAAGCUAUGCUGUAAAUCCUGCUAAAGAUCUUGCUGUGAGGCCUGAACAAGGACGCACAAUGAUUCCCGCAAGGGGCCGUUCUGUGAGCCCUGCAAGAGGGUAUUCUGAGAGAUGUGGUAGAAAACGGGCUGUCAGUCUUUCAAGAGGAUACACUGAGAGACAAGCAAGGCCAAGAAGCCUGAGUCCUUUCAGUAUGCAUGCUGUCAGUUCUACACAGGAAAUCGCUCUGCAAGCAGCACGAAGACCUCCAAUGAGACAUGAAGAGGAAUUUCUUCUGGGAGCUGCAGUGGGACUUACUGUAAAACCAGCAGAAGGAUAUGAUGAAGAAACUUCUAAAUCUGCCACACCAUCUCCCGAGAAUAUUUCUGAUGAUGAUGAAGAAGAAGAAGAAGAAGAAGAAGAAGAAGAAGAAGAAGAAGAAGAAGAAGAAGAAGAAGAAGAAGAAGAAGAAGAGGAAAAUGAAAAUGGAUCCUCAAUCAUAAGGAGUAUUAUAAAUUGUUUCAUGAAGGCAAAAGCCCAAAACUGGAUUGACUGUCUGUGUGUCAACACUCCGGUAGACCUGUUUUCUUUCAGCCGGAACUGGGCACAGAGAACUCUGCUCUCAGGGUCCUGGUUUAAAAGGCUCUUGCCCACAUUUUUCUCUGAGGAAGACCGUCAUUCUUGGUCUAAAAAUCAAUUUUGUGCAAUUGCCUGUACUGAACUGGGCCAUGGAAAAUGCGAGGGAUGGCUUUGGCAUAAAAGAGCAUCUAGAGGAAUCUCCCUCUUUAGUUGGAAAAAAUACUGGUUUAUUUUGAAACAUUCAACCCUCUACUGGUUCUCACAUCUGAAUGACACCAAGGCUGAUGGUUUCAUAUACCUACCAGAAUUCCGAAUUGACUUAGCUCCACAUUGCAGAAGAAACCAUGCGUUCCAAGCCACCCAUGCAAGAAUCAAGGAUUUCUACUUUGCUGGUUCAUGCUUGGAUGAGAUGAAUUAUUGGGUUUGUCAGACAAUACAGUUAGCAUUUGGUUCCUCCUUCGGAGAUAUAGCUGCUAAUGCAGAAUACAGACUUGCAAGUGCUUCAACUUACGCAAAAUGUCUUGUGGACUUGAAGAGAAACUUCCCUGUGAUUUGGUGUAACUACUGCCAAGAAGCAACUACCAUUGUUUCUGUGAAUCCAAACUUCGAAUACAGACGCACUCAAAAUAUUUCUGAUGAGUUCAUUUAUUUCCGUCCUAUUAAUGCGGAAAAUCAGGAAAGGGCCAGAAAACAAAAACAACAGAAUCCAUCUUUGGCCUCCCAGCAGCCCACCCCUGAAGGUAUCCAUCAGAGGGACUUGGGGCUUAUGAAUCAGGUGGUGACAGUUACCACCCCCCCACCAGCUAAGGAGUUAGAAAGCGCUGCCCUUGUAAAACCAAAAACUUCAGGGCUUCUUCGCUUAGAGAAAAUACCAGUUAAGUCUACAUGGGUCCUAGAAUUUCAACGCUUAGACGUUACAGGAAUUGCCAGUCCAGAGGAAAGGGGGAAAGGCACCGCAAUACUUGUUGCGGGUGUUCCUGGAAAGGAAGAGCUAGAUGAUACAGAAAUUCCAACUUUGCACUUCACUGGGUUUGUACACCUGGAAGUGUUAAUAAAUAAAUGUUCACCAUCCUCAGAAUACAGUCGCCCAGGAACCCCAGGAAAUCUGUGGAUGGAAUCUCCAGAAAAUGCAGAGUCCCCAGGAAGUGAUGAUAUGGAAGUAGCGAGAAGCAUGUAUCCUUUUAGAGAAAGAUCCAUCUUUCGGCGUUCCUGGGCAGAGCUCUUAGAGGCACCACUAAACAGUGAGGGGCUCCAUAUUCUCCAAACUGUUCACAAUGAAGAAAACACAGAUAUGGGUUGGAACAAACUAACACCACAGGAAGAGAGUCAAGGAAUUCCCUAUCCCAAGGAUCAGCAUUUCCAGGCUUUGCAAGGCCCUUUCCCCUUGUUGCCCGAGCGCCCUAAGCUCCAGAGGCAGCGUAGUAGAAGCUUACCAAGAUACAGUGAAGUCAGAGGCCAGUAUUUAAAUACACCUGAAUUCAAAGCAAACGCAGAAGAAACUCUCUUCUUCACUGGUGAUCGUAGUUUACUAACAGAAGAAAAUAUCAAGAAAAGAUACAACAUGGAGGGAGACUGGCAAAGAGCAAUUCCAUCACAUUCUGGAGAACAACUUCCCAUUAUGCCAAGAUUUGACAAUUCUGCAAUUCAAGGAAACUUUGGAAUUCCCGAGGAUAAUUCUGCACGUCCCAGAGGCGAUAUUAGAAUUCCCCAGAGUAAUGUCAAUACUAUCCCCAUGGUUAAUGUCGGCGUUCCCGUAGAUAAUCCUCCAGUUCUUGGAGGAAAUACUGAAGUUCCCAGGGGCAGUGGUUUCAGAGUUUAUGUGGGCAGCAGUGGUAGAGCUUCCAGACCUAUGGUAUCUUCUCCACUUACUGAGCUCUCAAAGAUAGGUGAACACCAGUUAUAAAACUGACAUUACAAAGCUAUCAUGAUAGUUGAAACAAACAGAGACACUUAACAUCAAAACAGACAUGUACAAACUUGACAGCUCAAAAUGCUAAAUGGGACAUCUAAAUUCUGAAUACACAAAGAACUUAAUUACCAAACCGAGAUAAUUGUUUAUUAGAUUGGAUAUACUAGAUUGUACCUAUCUGGUUUAUUCUGUAUGCAGUCCUCAAUUCAUACAGAGUAAUCUGUUGGUAGAAAUGUGUUGUAGAUGUGUACUUCUUCAUUGAGCAAAAUACUAAGUAAUUUUAAAAUGACAAUGUGUCCUGGUAAUUUCAGAUCUUCUUGGAUACUUUGAUAGGCAAAUAAAAAUCAUUUCAGACAUAGUGACAUUUAUUUUAAUGGGUCUAGCUUAAUGUCCAAGAUGUUUAUUGACUGAAAGCUAAGAAUCCAGGAAAUUUGCCAAAAGAUUCUUGAAUACAAUUCUUUUGUGAACUAUUUUUAAAAGACAUCUGGAAAAAUGUUCACUAACAAAAGUAUUUAAAUACCUAUUUGUUUUCUGACAUAAAUACAGAAAAAUUGUAAAUAUUUAUAGUAAGCCUUAAAAGUACAAGGAGACAACUAACUGUAGAACUGUAAAUAGCGUAUGUUGUUGUGAGGUUAAUCUGAGACAACAGUAACAGCACCACAUGAUGCCUAAAAUACUGCAUGCUAAAACAGGGGUUUUAGUUUGGAAGUCAUUUUUUUAACCUUUCCCAACCACUCUUGUCGACUUGCAUAAGAGGAUUCAGGAUAGAAGAUAGGGAUUCUUGAACUACUUUAUGAGAUGAAUGAGUAGGAUGUUCUUCCUAGAGAAAUGAAGAAGGCAUUGGCCCAGAUGAGCAGCCCAGGAUUAAAAUUAUCCAACCUGGUUUAUCUAUACAACAUGGCUUUGUGGAACAUUUAUUUCACCAAUUUUGUAAGAUAGAUAAAAUAUUACCAGAAGGUAAUGAGAUUAACUGAUAAAUUGCUUGGGAAGGUAAUCUCAUUACAAACAAAACCCUGCUAUUAUAUUUCUAUUCAUACCUAAAAUAAAUCCUGUGCUGUGUUUUAGGGCACUUGGGCCACUAUUCAAUUUGUAUAUUUAAAAUUUCAACUUUCCUGAAUAACGGUUGCUGUUGUUUUUACAAUACCAAGGGCAAUUUAAAGAAUAGGUUACCACCUAACCCCUUAUUAUGUGCCUUAACACAUAGUGCAAGGGGUGAUAAUCUUGGGUCUGAAGGCAAACUUGCCUUUUUAGAAGAUUUAUUUGGCCUCUGAAGAAGGAGGUAAAGAGGCUGGCUAGCCUCCCUCCCUCCACUCCCCAUGGUUCAGCAUGUGCUUUAUGAACCAGGGUUUUGGCCUCAGAAAAUAAGGAAAGGUAGUGAGAGGUUUUCUCCUACUUCUUACCAACCCAGAAGAUGGGAUACCAUUUCAGUCUUGAGUCACCUGAGUUUUUCACAGGGUGGCAAAACCACAGAAAUCACAGAAGGAUACAGGCUACUUUACUUAAGUUACUGCCAAUAUUGACUGAGAAUAAAAUAAAAAACUAAACUGACAGAUCACCUUGCUUAACAGAUAGUCUACUCUAUAUGCUAUCUUGUAAUACUGACUUUAGGAAACAGCGCUAUUGCAUUCUAAAUGUCAGAGGAAACCAUCUUGUGGGUGAAAAACACCCAAUAAGUCAGUAAAACUGAGAAAUAACUUACGAGGAACUAAUGUUUAUCAUAAACAAGUAGAAAGAAAGACAGUAAACAAAAUUUGGUUCAAUUAUAUAUAACACAAAUAUAUAAUUGAAGACAGUCAUGAAAACACCAACUUCAUUAUAAACUAAACCCUGCUAUGUGAGUGUUAUUCCUCAUGAUCUAUAUAAUUUUGGAUGUUGUGAUUAGUGGCUUAAAAUUUAAAUAAUAAUAUGUGUACAGUGGCCAGCUGCUUCUCUCUCAAUUUUUAAGAAAUUAAAUGAAACUGUCAAGUAAAGAAUCAAACGUGAAGAUGGUCUAAGAAGAUGAUUCUCAAUCCUGUAACUAUUCUUUAGAGUGGUUUUAUUCUUCUGAUUACUGUUAGUACCUAUCGAACUGAGCAGUGCAAAUGUUCAGUAGCAUAUCAUUAUUUUCCAAGAUUUUUCUCUAUCUUCUUAGGGUUCUCCAUAUCAAAUUAAUUCUCUAAGUCACUCAAAAAUAUCAGAAUUAUACAAAAAAGUAAAAUCCAUAGUUUUUUUCAAUAAAAAUACUUCAUAACAAAAAUUAAUAUAACUUUCAGGAAAUGUUCAUUAAUUACAUAAGAUAUCUCCAUCUAAUCAUUAUGUUUUAAGUAUGUUUUAGAAGUAAAAAUCCAAAAUACAGCAAAGUGCUUUUAACAAAGUACAUGUGCCUUUUUCAGUAAAUAUUUCAAGAGCAGAGAGCCUCACUAAUGUGGAAGACAAAUUUUUGUGGAAAAUGAAAGGAAAUCUCAGAAAACAAAAUUAGAAUAAAAGUAUAGCUUUAAAUUAAAUAAAGUUCUAAGUUAUUAUUUAAAAGGAUUUUUUUAUUUCCUGCUGUUUUGAAACUUUUUUCAUUAAUUGAUAAAAUGAACAAAUAGCCCUAAAGUUUAUACUGUUCUGAGAUACACUAAUCCUCUAGAAGUGUUCUUCAACCCAGUACAUCCUUUACCUUACUUAACCCCAACCCAGCCCUUUUCCAUACCCUCCAUACCACAUCACGACUUUAGCUCUGUCCCCACCCCUACACUGUUCUCAGAAUCAUCUCUACUUUCUCCCUUUCCCCAUCUGACUCCACAGUGAUAUUCUCUGCAUGUUCUCUGCACCCUUUUUAUCAUCAUUUCUCUCAGCCUAUUCCCAAGAUUCCUUCCAAUUCCUGCCAUACCAUUAUCCCCCUCCACUCUCUCAAACCCCCCACCUAAACCAUUAAACUCCAAUCCAGCAGUAAUCCAGUAAUCUUGAAUUCUCCCCACAUUUUGACCUUCAGGAAUCAAUGAUGGAAUAAAGAUUAAGGUAAAGGUAAAGACCAUGGAGUAAAAAUAUUUAUUUAAUACCUUUUUUGAUUUAUAAAGAUAAAAAUCUAUAGUAUUAAGACAUCCUGGUAGGAAUGAUGAUGCCAAAAUGUAGGGGACAGAAUACCAUGUACUCCCCCAACCAAAAGUCCUUGAUAUUUAAAAUGAGAUGGCUUAUGCCCGAUUUUCAAAAAUGAUGAAAGCAUAUACAGAAUGACUUUGAAAGUCUCCAAUUUUUCCUUUUAUUAUAUAUUAUAAAAACAUUCUAUUUUAGGCUCUUUGAGAAAAAUAAAUGGACAUACAAUACCAACUUCAUCUAAAUUGUAAAAUAUGUUGAUGGAAAACAGUAAAAGAUGCACUUUGUGAAUUUACCUAGAGCAUAUUUUUGCUAUUAAAAUAAUAUUUUAAGAGUUUAUUUUUAAAAUGACUCACCUUUAGUAGAUUUCCAUUAUCUUAAACAUCUAAUAUUCACCUACAAACCAACUUCUUUAUUCUUAUACAUAUAUUAGAGUAAGAUAAAAGAUCAUCUUCAAAUAAAAUUCUCUAUAAAAUGCAGUGACAUUUAACUUACAGUUAAUUCUAAAUUAUGAUAAAAAUAGCAAGUUAUUACCCGGAUGCUCAAUGUUUUUGAAGAUCAUCAUGAUGAUAUUAACUAUUUUUCAUAAUUUCUCCAUAAAUAUACCUAGUCAUUCAAAGAUGAACACACAUAUAUUUGAGGAUUCUAAAGUUAUAAAAUAAUAGGUUCUAAAGUUUCUUUCUUAAAACCUAACAUUUUAGUACAACAUAAUACCAAUAUAUCUGCAGUGCAGAGUAGGAUUUGAAGACAAGAAAACUUUCAUUAAGUAGUAUCAAUUUGGAAACACCUGACUAUUAUCAAAAUUUAGUAAAAAAAUCAAACCACCUCUACACAUUAUACCUCCCCAGUCUUCACACUCAUCAGACACGCCGACCAAGUGUUUCAGUUUAUUCUUAAUACAUUCAUUCUGUUUCAAGUUAGUAGCUCUUUAUUUCUCAUUUUCUACACCUAUCACCAGUGACUAGAGAACAAAUCUGUCUAAAAGCAGCAAAAGCUAUAUGAUGCUUAUAACUUUAAUAUUUAUUAUGAGUGUAAAUUUCCACCUUUUGAAAGUGAAGGAAACAACUGGAUUUUAUUUUCAAAGAAAAUCAGGACAGUGAAGUGCACUAGUAUGGUGAGACAUUGUCCAUUUUACACUACUGCUGUAUUUAAGUUCGUGAACUGUGUACUGCCUUUAUUUGCUGGCCAUUUGACUUCUCUCUUGUUUACUAAAUAUUUAUUGUGAUAUGUUUGAACAAAAUACCAUUCAAGGUGAUAUCGUUAUAUAUAUGUAAUGUGUGUGAAUUGGCCUGUAUUGUAUCUUUAAACAAACUGUGGUGUAGAUUGAUGUGAUCUUUUCAUUUAUUCAGGGGUUGAAUUAUUGCAGCACUAGAGUGUAGAACGCCUGGUGCUCAUUCUAUACGAUUAUGCUAAUCUUGUAAAAUUCACAACAGGUAUUUUAAUAUCUUACUAAUUUAAAAUUCAAAUAAAGAAUAUUACAGAGGGGUGGUAUCCAUUUAAAAAGUAAAUUGCUAAAUCUAUCUUAUUUCUGUAGCAUAACUCACCAUAUAUUUAUUGGGACAAUGUUAAAAACUAAAAACAAUAUUAAUUCUAUACCCUUUGAAGUAGCUGUUACUUCUAUUACAUAGCCUUUUGUCCAAAUAUAGUGACAUUAUGUGGGCACUUUUGUUUUCCAGUAUUGCUCUGCUUGUAUUUGAAACACAGAAUAUCUGGAAAGAAAUCUAUACAGCAGCAGCAACAGCAGCAGCAGCACUUUUAUUUAAUCACUGACAAUUUUUGCUGCCAUAAUUUUUUUCCUUAACUAACCCUGAAAGGAUGAUUUUAUAUUUUAUUUCAACUCCAAUAUUAUUUAAUCUGUACCUGUCAUAUAUACCUAACCUUCGCUCUGAUAGUUUGGUAAACAUGGAUAUGGAGAUUUCAGGCAUUGAUUUUAAUGUCUGAAUCAGUUGAGAAUAAAAACAAGACAGCUAAUCUUCAACUUUACACAUUGAAAUCUUUGGUUCGUAUAAGUAUUUUGCCUGUUUCAUUUAUGUUCAAAAUCUCAUUAAAAUCCAGUUUAUCUUGAUGCAACUAUAGACUCUUCUGUAAUAUUCGUUGCACAAAUCUUAUUAACUAGAACCCCAGAAGUGUUUGAUGCUACAGAAAUAAAAAUAUCAACUCACUCCCCCUCUUACAUCUUAAAACUAAAGUUCAACUCUUGGAUAAUGGUGUUUUUGCCUAAGUAUUUUCAAUUUUCUAUUUGUAUCUUGUUGAGACUUGUACUCUAAAUUAUGUAAUCUAUAAGUGUCAGCUGUUUCUCUUUCUUCUCAAGUAAAUUGUGAUACUAAUUGUGAUUGAUGUCACUUUCUUAUACUAUAUUUCUGCCAACUGCCUUGUUAAUAUUUUGUGUCUGGUAAACUUUAUUGAUGGUUACUGCCAUUGUGCUGUCCUCAUGAUUUCCAAUCCAGAACAAUGAUGUGUAAGGUGCAUUGCAAAAGUGUUGCAAUUUGCUCUUUUUUCUAGUGAAUCUGCUAGAAAAGUAUUUGACAUAAUUGUGAAAGUAAUAUAUUUCUUCCUGAAUUGAAAUUGUCUUUUGCUUUAAAUACUUCAUAUGUAAAUUGAUAUUUCAAUAAAUGGUGUCAUCUGCAUUCAAA